AUGAUGAUUGCCCGCGGCUGCCUCCUCAGAUCCAAGGCUGAGAGCAUAGUGAAACAUGUAGCCAGCGGUGGAAGCUGGCAUGGGUUGCAUAGUUUUUCAGAGGCAUCAGCCAGGGGUUUCAGCUCUGAACCGUCUCUUCAGGCCCACUCGACGGAAGAAAUCGGGUUCAAGGGGCAUGGCAUGCUGGCUCCAUUCACAGCUGGCUGGCAGAGCACCGAUGUGCAUCCCCUGGUUAUUGAUAGAUCUGAGGGUGCAUAUGUCUAUGAUAUCAAUGGGAAAAAGUAUAUAGAUGCUCUUGCAGGACUCUGGUGUACAGCUCUAGGUGGUAGCGAACCUCGACUAGUCAAAGCUGCAACAGAACAAUUAAACAAAUUACCCUUCUAUCAUUCCUUCUGGAACCGUACUACCAAACCCUCAUUGGAUCUUGCAAAUGACGUUCUCAGCAUGUUUACUGCAAGGGAAAUGGGAAAGGUAUUCUUCGCAAAUAGUGGUUCAGAAGCAAAUGACUCACAGGUGAAACUAGUGUGGUAUUAUAACAAUGCAAUGGGGAGACCAGACAAGAAGAAAUUUAUUGCACGCUCAAAAUCAUAUCAUGGUUCAACAUUAAUAUCAGCUAGUUUUAUCCGUAGUCUUCCUGCUCUUCAUCAAAAGUUUGAUCUACCGGCACCUUUUGUUCUGCACACGGACUGUCCACACUACUGGCGCUUCCACCUUCCUGAUGAAACAGAAGAAGAAUUUUCUACUAGACUUGCAAACAACUUGGAGAAUCUUAUCCUAAAAGAAGGACCAGAAACAAUUGCUGCUUUCAUUGCUGAACCUGUGAUGGGUGCCGGUGGUGUCAUCCUUCCUCCAAAGACUUAUUUUGAGAAGAUUCAAGCAGUACUCAAGAAGUACGACGUCUUGUUAAUAGCAGAUGAGGUCAUUACUGCAUUUGGGAGAUUGGGAACCAUGUUUGGAUGUGAUAUGUAUAAUAUUCAACCAGAUCUCGUCUCCAUAGCAAAGGCUCUUUCUUCGGCCUACAUGCCAAUUGCAGCUAUUCUUGUUAGCCCAGAAAUAGCAGAUGUAGUUCAUUCGCAGAGCAGUAAACUUGGUUCUUUUGCUCAUGGCUUUACAUACUCCGGGCAUCCAGUUGCCUGUGCUGUUGCCAUAGAAGCUCUGAAGAUCUACAAGGAAAGGAAUAUUACCGAACAUGUCAACACAAUUGCCACAAGGUUCCAAGAAGGAAUCAAGGCCUUCUCAGGCAGUCCGAUCAUCGGAGAGAUACGUGGCCUGGGAUUGAUACUUGGAACUGAAUUUGCCGACAACAAGUCGCCAAAUGAUCCAUUCCCUGCAGAAUGGGGGGUUGGUUCAAUAUUUGGUGCCGAGUGUGAGAAGCGUGGGAUGCUUAUCAGGGUCGCUGGGGAUAACAUCAUGCUAUCACCUCCACUAAUAAUGACUCCCGAUGAAGUUGAAGAAAUUGUGAGCAAAUAUGGCGGCGCCCUAAAGGCCACAGAGGAAAGAAUUGAGGAGCUUAAAUCAGCCAAGAGGUGA